CAAGGCGGGGCCGCGUCCACCCGCCGCUCUACUUGGAACUUCCGCCCGAGCCCCUGCUGCCACUUUCCGGACAGAGUUCUGCCCCAGACAUGUCCUUGAUGAGCCAUGUGUUCUUUGCUCGCGUGUCGCUGCGGCCCUGGAGCCCGGGUCCUCAGCGGUUUUUCAGUUAUGGAACAAAAAUACUGUAUCAGAGCAUCAACGCUCCACAGUCUAAGUUCUUCCCACCCCUUCUAAAGCCUAUGCUACCACCUGAUGCCUUUCAAGGAAAAGUGGCGUUCAUUACUGGAGGAGGUACUGGCCUUGGCAAAGCAAUGACAACCUUCCUGUCCAGCCUGGGUGCACAGUGUGUGAUAGCCAGCCGGAAUAUUGAUGUUUUGAAAGCUACUGCAGAACAGAUUUCUUCUCAGACUGGAAAUAAGGUUCAUGCGAUUCAGUGUGAUGUGAGGGAUCCUGAUAAGGUGCAUAACACUGUGCUGGAGCUGAUCAGAGUUGCAGGGCAUCCUGAUGUCGUGAUAAACAAUGCGGCAGGGAAUUUUAUUUCUCCCAGUGAAAGACUCUCUCCUAAUGGUUGGAAGACCAUAACUGAUAUAGUUCUAAAUGGCACUGCCUAUGUGACUCUAGAAGUUGGAAAGCAGCUGAUCAAAGCACAGAAAGGAGCAGCGUUUCUUGCUAUCACUACCAUUUAUGCUGAGAGUGGGUCGGGUUUUGUAAUGCCGAGUUCUUCUGCCAAAUCAGGCGUGGAAGCCAUGCACAAGUCUCUUGCAGCAGAAUGGGGUAAAUAUGGACUGCGAUUCAAUAUAAUUCAGCCGGGGCCUAUAAAAACCAAAGGUGCCUUUAGCCGUUUGGAUCCAACUGGAAAAUUUGAAAAAGAUAUGAUUGAGAGAAUUCCCUGUGGUCGGCUGGGGACCGUGGAAGAACUUGCAAAUCUUGCUACUUUCCUUUGCAGUGAUUAUGCUUCUUGGAUUAAUGGAGCAGUCAUUAGAUUUGAUGGUGGAGAGGAAGUAUUUCUGGCAGGUGAAUUCAACUCUCUAAAGAAGGUCACCAAGGAGGAGUGGGACACAAUCGAAGGACUCAUCCGCAAGACGAAAGGCUCCUAAGAACAUUCUGGCCUCAUCGUGGACACAAUGAAGUUUAGGGGCUAGAAAUGAUACAAAAGGACUGUGGUCUUCUGAGUAACUUCAAGUCUAAUAAAUUGUUUGGUCUGAUGGUU